AUUACAUUCUGAUAUUUUCAAGAAAUGAACUGAGGUUAUUUAUAUGGGUGUGUACAAAUACUGACAGGUGAUUGGUUACUUUCUCCAUGUGCGUCGUUGGUCAGCAACUUUCACGUUACACUGAUACAGGAUAGAGAACGUGCCAAGUACUGAAAACGACAUGGAGAAAAAUACAUCAGAAACCAUAAAAAAGCUGAUUAAAGCCAGCCAUGAAAUGAAGAGGAAAUCAUACUGCCCAUAUAGUAAAUUCAGAGUUGGGGCAGCCCUCCUGUGUGAAGAUGGCACCGUGAUUACAGGUUGUAAUGUGGAGAAUGCGUCCUAUGGAUUAGCAAUAUGUGCUGAGAGAACGGCUCUGACCAAGGCUGUAUCAGAGGGACAUCGGCAUUUCAAAGCUAUUGCCAUCUCUAGUGAUUUGAAAACAUCGUGUAUAGUACCGUGUGGGGCUUGUAGGCAGUUCAUGGUUGAAUUUGGAACAGACUGGGAUGUAUAUAUGACCAAGCCGGACGACACCUUCAGAUUGAUGAAGACAGGAGAGUUACUUCCCUUUGGUUUUGUCCCAGAAGCCUUGGAGGAGGAGAGAGUUAGCCAGAUGGCGUGAAUGACUUGUCCAACAUAUGUUUUACAUAUUGAUACUCUAGGCAAUUAGUGCUCUUAAUCCGGUGUGACUGAUAAUCCUCCCCAUUAGGCAAUGCACAAAAUGAAGUUGUGAAAUAUUGUAUUGCUAUAUCAGACUAGCUAACUAGUAUGGAAAAGAUUAAAUUAUUGUACCAAGUUAUCUUUGUUCAUCUGCAAGUCAGUUAGUAAUAUAAUGAUUUAGGAAAUUGUUUCCAGUCAUGAAUUAACAUGUUCAUCUGCCAGUCAGUUAGUAAUAUAAUGAUUUAGGAAAUUGUUUCAAGUCAUGAAUUAACAUAAUGAUUGUACAGUUUUCAGAGGUAAUUUAUUUGCAAAGAAUAUUUAUUGUGUGAUUGCAUGUUUUAAAAUAUAUAUCUCAAAACUAAUAAGCGAAAUGAAAAAGAAAGAUAUUUUUAGUUGUCUUAUGAGAAAGUCGAGAUUCAAGUCAAACUGUUUAGUUGGAGGAGUUAUGGGUAUGCUAGGGAGUGUCCUACAUAGGGAUAACACACAAACUUACUGAUUGUCUUACAUUAGUACUCCUAAACAUGUCUGAAACUUAGUCACAUUUUCAUUAGAUGUGUUUAAUUCAUGUGCAGGACUCACUGUGUGCUGUGAAAUAUUUACUGUCCACAUCGACUCUUAAAGAUAUUUUGUUGCAUAUUGAGAAUUUUAGUAUUAGAUAUGAACUUACAUGUAAAUAAAGAAAAUGACAUUCUCCAAGGAUAUUGUGAAUAUGCAUUGUUAUUUGGAAUAUGAAUCAAUAUUGUAAUGAGUUGCUUAUAUGCUAGUCCCAGGGGAUUAAAAAUAAUACUAAUUUGAAAUUUUCAACUAAAGUCAGUUAUCACAAGAACAUAAUAAUGAAGAAAUAAUUGCUUUUUUUUGUUCCCAAGAACAUGGUAAAGAAGGAAAUAUACAUCGCUUAUUCGCAAGAACACAGUAAGGAAUAAGAUAAACACUCGCAAAAGGCAGUCAUGAAGAUCACUGCGACAGAAAUGUAGCGUCGCAAAAUAUAAAUGAUUUGCAGUAUUUGUUGAUUUUUUAUCUAUAAGAAUGAGGUUUGACCUGCAUAAACAGUCAAUAACAGUGCAGCUAUGGGUUUUUUGGGAUGAGUUUUGUUGUGUUGAUUUUUACACAGCUGAUUACAUGUUUUAAGUAUCUAUUUUCCCUGUCCAGUAUUUUUAUGAUGGAGUCAUUAAAUACUGAGUUUAUCUGUA